UUGUUAAUUAGACAAGGCACCUCAGUUGGUGCCGACAAACUCCCUUCGGUUAUAGUACAAAUUUUUAUUGUUAUAGAUUAAUAUGCCGCCUAGUAAACUUGAUAGCCUUUACCGACGAAUGCUCAUAACGCGAUUCUUUGAGAAGGGAUGGGGGAAGCCAGAAAACUUACGUAGAGUAUUUCAGUUUCGAAAAAUUAUUUCCAGUAGAGAAACAUGCUACAAGCUAGUACCCCGAGAUUAUCCCGUGGAGAUUACCAAGAAGAAAAAAUACUCGGAUUCCACAUUGAUAGAGGGUAAUUUUAUGACUCCACUGGAGCUACAUCUUCCCGGAGUUGUUCCAGAAGCCGCACAAAAAGCUUAUUUCCAGUUAUUAAUUCCCAAUAAAUGGAUUAACGAAGAGCAUAAACCAGUCUGUAUUCAUUUGGCAGGAACUGGAGAUCAUUUCUUUUGGCGUCGAAGGAACCUUAUUGCUAAACCUUUAUUGAAAGAUGCCAACAUUGGAUCUAUUAUACUGGAAAAUCCAUUUUAUGGUCUCCGAAAACCUGUCGAUCAAAUACGAUCAAAUUUACACAAUGUAUCUGAUAUAUUUGUUAUGGGCGGAUGCCUAAUACUGGAAUGUCUUGUGCUAUUGCAUUGGUGUGAAAGAAAUGGAUUUGGUCCUCUUGGUAUCACUGGAUUAUCAAUGGGAGGACAUAUGGCAUCGUUGGCAGCAACAAAUUGGCCCAAACCUUUAGUUCUUGUUCCUUGUUUAUCAUGGUCUACUGCAUCUGCAGUUUUUACCACUGGAGUGAUGAGCCAAUCUAUUAACUGGGAUAUGUUGGAAACGCAAUAUUAUUCGGAUGGUCAAUUUAGAGAACGUCUUUCGAAAAUGGUUACUAUUAUCGAUGAUGCGUUUGCAGCUGGUCAAAAGUUUAUUCAGAAUUUUAAUCAGUCUCUGCAUGAGUUGAAAGAAGACAUUGAUGAUACGAGAAAGAAACAGUGCGAUACUGUUGGAAAUAACUAUGACACCCAAUGCAAUUCAGCGGAUAAGGAUAAUUCAAUAUUCCUAAUGAAAUCGCUUGAAAAUAAAGCAGUGAAUUCAAGCAAUUUGCCAUUGCCAUUAAAGGAUAUGCUUGGUAAAAAUAUUGGCAACUCUUCAGAACUAUCCACAUGCCAGCCUGAAUCAAUCGAAGAUAGUUCUGCAUUAACGAAACUCAUGCAAUAUAUUUUACCUUCAUCCGCACAUGACAAGACCAAAAAGAUUGAUAUUACAAAGACAAAUUGGUGGGAAAGAGAGGCUCUUCAAUUUAUGCGUGGAGUGAUGGAUGAGUGCACUCAUUUGAAAAAUUUCUCAGUGCCACAUGAUACCUCCCUAAUAAUAGCAGUUUGUGCUAGAGAUGACGCCUAUGUUCCACGAGAAGGCUGCUCGAGUCUUGAGGACAUAUGGCCAGGUGCUGAAGUCAGGUAUUUAGAUGCUGGCCAUGUAAGCGCCUAUGUUUUGCACCAAAAACUAUUCAGAUCAUGUAUAAUUGAAGCAUUUGAGCGAGCUAAAAAGGUUUAUGGAAAUGCCAAAUAUGAUGAUUUGAAAGCGGCCAUAAAAUAAAUGCAAGAGACUAAAAACAAUCCUAUAGAAACGAUAAUCAUGCGAGGAAUCAAAGCUGCUGAUCAUCACAGUGUAUAAAAACCAAUUUGGCAAUCCAAAAGUAAAGGACAACAAAGUAUAUAGUUGGUAAGGCAUAAUUAAGUAUAGAUGAUGGCCUCCAAGGCAUACAAAAAGCUUUUUUUUUUCGAAAGUUAAAG